CAUGCGGUGCAUCUAGAGAAAGGAAAGAAGGCGAGUUUUUAGCCUGGGGCAAAGCCGUGAGUGAGCCAAAGUAAGGGAAGAGACAUGCAAGACACUGAGAGGGCGGGCAUUCUGUACUACGCUCGAGAGCGGCAGUACAGACACAUCUACACUAGUGCCCUGGAGCUGACGCGGCGACACGGGUCGCAGCCGGAGCUCGUGUUCUGGAAGGCCUACAGUACGCGCUGCGGAAAACACAUGUCAUCAAUAAUUCUACAGCCUUUUAUUACUAGCUCUUCUGAAACUGUCCGUCAUACAAUGUAGCUAGCUAUACACUAUCUCCGCCGCCGGUGCAGGUCUGGUGAUGGAAGAGAGGGAGAGUGAGGGAAUGAGAGAAGUGGAGGUUGUCCAGGAGUCUAAGGAACUGUCACUAGCAGCAAAGUUGCUCCUGAUUUACGCACACAAGAAAUGCAAAAUUGUUGAUCGUGAAGCAGUUCAGCAGCUGGAAUCCAAGAUACGAUCGGAGAGGACGGAGAGUGGUGAGAGAGCGCUCUACCACGCAGCUCUCUUCCUGUGGCUGAGCGGAAGAUCCGACAAGUCCAGAGAGUAUUGCGACAGACUCCUGAAGCUGGCACCGGGGUCAGAGUUUGGCCAACUCCUGCGAGGGUGGAUUGACCUGACGAGUGGCAGAGAUGCGGUCGUGAAGAAGAGCAUCAAAUACUUUGAAGAGGCUGCCACACUUCACUCACAGCAGAGUCCUGGUUCUCCUACACCGGUAGACGUCCUCCUGGGAAAGUGCUGCUACUAUUACCAGAGACACAACUUCAGUCAUUCUCUGGAGCUGGCCAGCCAGGCAGUGGCAGUUCACCCCAGGUUCCUACCUCCUCUGGUGGAGAAGAUGAGGGUACAACUGGCCCUACAGGACUGGGACCAGGCAGUGGAAACUGCUCAGAGGUGUCUGUCACAGGAUGCUAGUUGCGUGGAAGCCCACAGAGUUCUAAUUCUGGAGCUGCUGGCCAGGAGGGGAGACCAUCAGGAGACUGUCACUGCUCUGGGAGACCUGAUGACUCAGCUGGACCAGUGUGAACCUAGGGCACACUGGAUCUACCACGAUACCGCCCUCAGUCCAGCUAGACUGGCAGGAGGGAACCCUCAAGUUCUGCAGCAGACCAUUGCUCUAGUUGAGAGAGCAAUCUCCCUCUCCCCACACUCAGCUCUCUACCUCAACGAGCUGGCCUACCAGCAGCUACUGUGUGGUAAGGUGGCAGAAAGUCUGGCGUCCUACAAGAAGGCGUUCUCGGUGGACGAGACGAGUGUGGAGGGUCUGGCGGGGGUCAUCCACUGCCAGCUUCUCUCGGGACACUCUCAUGAGGCUCAGCAACAACUGGAGUUCCUAGCCGAGGUCCAGUCGUCCAUUGGUAAACAAGCCAACGUCCUCUAUCUCAACGUACUACUGGGGCAGCAGAGAGCCAGGGCAGAGUCUGAAGUGCUCCCGCUCAUCCUGGAGGCCAGGGACCUCCAUAUCAGGGGACUGAAGGGCCAGCCACUCAGCUGUCGAUACUUUGAACUCUACAACCCACAGUUUCUGCUGUGGAUUGCCCAGUGCCUCGUAGAAUAUGCUCCCACAGAGCCAGCACUCACUCCAGCCCAGGCCCACCCCACACUGCCCCAGGCAGCAGCUAUACUGGAGUCCAUCCUGACAGCAGCUCCUGCUCUCACACCAGCUCUGCUCCUGCUGGCCAGAGUCAAAUACCUCUCUGGAGAGAUGCAGGGCUCUCAGUCAUGUCUCCAGAAGUGCCUCAGACUGGACUCCAGUUCAACUGAGGCUCAUCUCCUCAUGGCCCAGAUUCAGCUCCACUCCAACAACCCCCAACAGAGUCAGUCUUCGUUGGAAAUGGCUCUGAGUCACAGCUUCGAAGUGAAGACACAUCCCAUCUUCCAACUGAUUAGUGGGUGUGUCCAGAGAGCUCUAGGCCAUGUCCCUGAGGCCCUAGCCUCGCUGCAAGCGGCUCUGAAGAUGUCGCGAGCCCAGCCGAGCCAGUCACCGCGGGGAGUGGUGGGCGUCGCCGGGGGAGGGAGGGCGGGGCUUGGACUGAGCGAGAGAGUGACGGUGUACCUGGAGAUGGUGGAUGUACUGACGAAACUAGGGAGAAAGCAUGAGGCAGCUAAGACAAUGCAAGAUGCAAUUCACGAGUUUUCGGGAACUUCAGAAGAAUUUCGCAUAUCCAUAGCCAACGCUGACCUGUCAGUGGAGAGGGGAGAUUUGGAGGGUGCACUGGCAACGUUGAAGACGGUCACAGAGGACAAGUCUUACUUCCUCCAAGCCAAGCAAAAGAUGGCCGACAUUUACCUCGUCCACCGCAAAGACCGCAGACUGUACAUCUCCUGUUUCAGAGACCUGGCAGAGAAGAUGCCCGGACCCUCCACCUCCCUACUGCUGGGAGACGCCUUCAUGAAUAUUCAAGAGCCGGAAGAAGCUCUGUCGGUGUAUGAAAAAGCUCUAAAGAGAGGUCCAAAAGACAGUGUCCUUGCCAGUAAAGUGGGCCAGGCUCUGGUUAAGACACACCAGUACACCAAAGCAAUCAGUUACUACGAGGCAGCACUGAAAUCAGAGGGUCUCCAGUUCCUGAGAGCUGAUCUGGCCAGACUCUACCUGAGACUCAACCACUUUGACAGAGCAGAGAAAACUAUCCACACCGCUCUAAGUCAGAGAGAGGGGUCAACAGAUGUGGGGGCAAUGUGUGGUAGUGUGGAGUUGCUCCAGCUACUGGCGGGAGUGAGGGAGAAGGCGGGGAGAGAGAGGGAGGCACGGCAAGCUCUGGAGCAGGCCAGGGAGACACAGACCAAAGUGCUGAAGAAAGCCAGUGUAGACCAGCCAGACUCACUGCCACAGCACAAGAGGAAAGCUGCAGAUAUUGCGUCUCAAUUGGCCAAGGCUUGUACAGACAACAAAGACUGGGUCACAGGACUGCAGUACUGUAGGGAGGCUCUACUGCACUGCGAGACAGACCUGACUGCACGACUAGCUCUGUCUGAGGCCCUGCUGGCCAGUGGAGAGCAGGAGGAGAGCCUGGAGGAAUGCUCCACUGUACUCGGAGCUGAUCCACAGCACAGAGAGGCCGGCAUGUUGAUGGCAGAGCUGAUGUUCAGAAAGGCUAACUACGAGAAGGCUGUGGAGCACUACCAGAACUUAUUACACAAAACUCCAGACUAUUUCCCGGCGCUGGCUCAGCUGGUGGAGGUGGGUAGGAGGUGGGGGAAGCUGAACAGCACAGCUCCCUACGUGGACCAGGCCGCCAGUGUGUGCAGCAGACCUGACUCCAGUCCUGGCCUCAACUACUGCAGAGGACUCCUGGCUAGGUACCAGGGUAACACAGGAGAGGCCCUCCGGCUGCUGAACAAGGCUCGCAGAGACACAGAGUGGGGUCACGGGGCCCUCGUCAGUAUGGUGGACAUCUGUGUCAACCCUGACUCCGAUGUCAUCGGAGGAGAGACUUUCAGAGUCACUGAGAGGGAGGGAAGCUCGCAACGAGAAGAGCAAUCAACAGCUCUUGCCACAGCUCAAAAACUUCUGAAGGAGGCGCGGCCGAAAACGGCAGAAGAAGAGGUGAAAGUUCGCAUGCUAGAGGGUUGGGUCUUGCUAGCCACGAGGUCAAAGGUCGAUGCCGAACAGGCUCUGAGCAGGUUUAUGGAGAUUGCAACUAGUUCGAAUGAUAAUGUGGGUGCUCUUGUGGGUGUGGCCACGGGUCACAUGAUCCUUAAACAGACUCCGCGGGCUAGGAAUCAGCUCAAGAGAAUCGCCAAGACACCUUGGACCUCCCAGGAGGCAGAGUCGUUUGAGAGGGGCUGGUUACUACUGGCCGAUGUGUACGUACAGACAGGCAAGUAUGACAUGGCCAUUGAACUGCUCAAGAAAUGUCUCCAGUACAAUCAGUCCUGCAGCAGAGCUUGGGAGUAUAUGGGGUUCAUUAGUGAGAAGGAGCAGGCUUACAAAGAUGCCGCGGCCAGCUACGAGAAGGCAUGGAGACACAGCAACCGCUCCAACCCAUCAAUUGGGUACAGACUGGCGUUCAAUUACCUGAAGGCAAAGAGGCUCGUGGAAGCCAUAGACGUGUGUCUCACAGUGUUGGAGAAGCAUCCUCACUACCCGAGGAUACAGAUAGACAUUAUGGACAAGGCUAGACAAGGCAUUAGGGUGUAGACUUAUCACUUCUUUCUCUCCUCCCACCUCCCUCUCUCUCACCAUCAACACUUUACUAAAGCAGUGCUGUAUAUACACGUUUCCCUUCAGUAGUAUACAAUACAUGAAAUGCUGUAUAUACACGUUUUCAAUGAGAUGAUGAUGCCAACUGACCAAAGGCUCUAGGAGCUAUAUAAUAAUAACCAAGGUCUCUAGGAGCCGAGGUCAUCGAAUAGUUCAUGGAUAAACACGAGACAGCAGAGUAGGAUGGGUCCAAUUAAUGCCCCCUCUAAACCUGCAAAGUAGAUUCCUCCAGCCACUGCCAGCCCUGUCAGAUAGGGAUGACCUCCUUCCACCUCUCCGUAUAAGAUUGAGUCGACAAAGAAGAGAGGGAGGAGGGAGAGGAGGAGUAGGGUAAUGGCCGACACCGUCUGUCCCUCCACCAGCCACAGCUCUAGGACAGCUGGGAUAGCUAUCCAAUAGGUCCCCACAAACGGGAGGGCUCCUGCUAUGGCAGCUAGAACUGGGGGGAGAAGAGAGAGAGGAGAGGAACGUACAGUCCAACAACAGCUUGGGUAACCUAAAGUGUCUUUUAUUCAGAUCGAGGCAAGAGAAAUGGUACACGGAUGUAUUAGUAUGGGGCA